AAAAUGGGUUUCCCUGUCAAAAAAAGCCACCAACUCACUAUGAUCUCGCAGUAUCCGUUAAUGCGCUCCCUAUGAUGUGUAUAUUUGGAUACCAUACCUAUCAUCAACAGAGCUCAUUGCAGCAGUUUUAUAAGGUUUAAGAUUAUUUUCCCUGCUUGGAUACUAGGCUACUGACUAGGGCAUUGGAUAUGUGCACACGGUAUGAUGAAAACCCCUUUCCUCCCCGCAGAAGUAAGAUAAAAUAGGGUUUCGCUUACAUUGGAUUUACUCCUCUCAUUCCAUAUGAAGAAGCCAAAAAUUUGGAUACGCAUCUGUGUCCAUUUAUUGCUGUGCAUCACACUUGGAGUCCAGUCAAGUGAAUUUGGAAACACUGUGACAGAUGACAUCACAAGCAUUUCACUAUUGAAACAAAAUAUACCUAAAGAUUACAAGAUUCCUGUGACAUACGUUCCGAAAGAAGUGGGUGGAAUGUGUUGGGUAGCGCUAAACGUUUUCCACUUGGAACUCAGUUUACGAGGAUUAGCAGACAAGUUUGGAAGCAUUUCGUCCAACAAAUAUAAUAUCAGCAUAUUGAUCGAAAUGCUGAAAGAGACAAGAUAUCACAUGAAGAACUUGGAGGCGAUCACGUAUGAUUUUGAGUGCCACUACAGAAAUGAGCAAUGGCAGACAGGACACUAUUUUCAUUUUGUCGAAGAUUUUUUAAAAACGGCCCGUUUGAAUAGAGAUUUGCCAGAAGAAUGUGAUCCACCUCCCUGUCCCACAGCAACAAUGGCUACGACAAUAACAACACAAUACCCCACAUCAGUCAACUAUCCUGCCAUAGGAACAGAAUUCAACAUGUCAGCACCAGACUCCGAAACCUGGAACGAGCCUCUGAGAUUCCUGCCAGAAGUAGUGGAGAGAAGCCUCCUGUCACUACUUGUCAUUCCUAUUGCAGCCGUUGUGUUUCUGUUUGCGUGGAAGGUGAAAUCCAGAAGGAACCAACAUCAGUCAGAUGAACGGAACUCAGUGGAAGGAGGCCUUUUCACAGGACCAGAAGGGACUUUGGCACCUCCACUAGAGGAACCAUCUGAAAAGAACAGAUUGAACAUCAUUGAGACAGUGUAAUUCUUCAAAUCCUUGGAAAUUGGUGUACAGAGCAAUCGUCUGAGAAUGAGAAAGGAAACAAGCAAACAUAAAACUGCAUUUCUUAUGGAUUUUUGAGGUGAAAGACUUGCUUCUUUCCUGUCUAGAAAUUGCCAGUUCUCACAUACUAGAACCAGAGAAUGACAUUGCAUAGAAAAUCUUUGUUUUUCUUACAAGAAUAUUAACCCGUAGUCUACUAUCAAAUUUUGUCCGAAGAAGCUGAAAAGGAGACCGGAUUGUCAUGGAAACAUCUAGAGGCGCCAAUAACAGUCUAAAUAUGACUCUAAUCACCCAUAACUUCUGUAAAAUACAGUAAACUUUACGGGACAAAGUUGGUUUCACAAGCACUCCCAUUUGCACUUUGUGUGGGUUUGGCUGGAGUGUAGAUACCAGAUCUACUCAAGAAUGGGCCAGAAAACAAACUCCUACAAAUGGCUUUCUUUUUUUCGAAGAACCCUUUUUGAUUCCAGGUAGAACUCUUUUGGGUUCCAUGUAGAACCCUUUCCACAGAGGACUGAAAAAGAAAUGACUACCUCUAGUCGCCCUCACUUUCCUCAUCUUCUUCUCAGCAGCAUUCUACUCCCUUUCCAUCUUCAUCUGGGUCUCCAUUGGACAUUCCCUGAGAACAAAUGUUGAAAUUAGUUAGCUAGAAAUAUUCUCAGAUCUAAGCAUCUGUUUUGUUUCAUGUUUUUGGCCGUGUAUGUACCGAAUGGAUGAGGUUGUGUGAUUUAUUUAUUUAUUUACUCAGAAUGCUGACAGCACCAUGUUGCUUCGGUUGAAAAAAACUAAACAGACAAUGAUUCAGCUUAUCUAUAAAAAUACUAAAUGAGCAGGAAAAGGUCUACAAGGGCGCAUUAUAACCCAUUCUUCUGCCAUGCAUUAAGUCCUCAUAAGCAGCACAUAAGCAUGUAUGAACACGUGCAUUAUCUAUAUUAUUAAGACAGCCAUAGAGGGAUGUACAUAUGAGUGUAUGAUGGUGUGGUUAAUUGCUUAUGAAUGGGUUGUACAAAAGGCUUUGGUUGGAGGUGUAAAUGUACAAAAAAAUUGCUGCUUUGACUAACUUACAUUUUACCCAUUAUAUACAUUAAGAAUUCUCCCUAUAGCAAUCAAUGGUCAAGCAAGGGUAGAUACUACAUAUCCAUAUUGAUUUAGAUAAAACGUUUAAGGGGUCUGAUAACUCUCGGUGUUUCUAUGCUCUCAAUGCACAAGAAAGAGGUGGACUAGCAUUAAGUAAACCAGCACAGUAUCAGAUUCUGGAGACUGAGAUUAACCACGUGUAUCAUCAAUUACAGUAUAACUCGGCUCUGGUAUAUUGCAGCUUAACCACCCAUAAGGUAUUUUCUGUAUGUUGCAUGUAAACAACUGUAUUACAGUUCAACAACAUGUUAAGGUGGCUCAAAGCUAUGAAUUCAAGGUGAGUUCAAACAUUUUCUUUUUACUUUUCACUCCAAAUCAAAUAUCAUUUUAUUCGUCACAUGCUUCGUAAACAACAGGUGUAGACAAUCAGUGAAAUGCUUACAGCUCGUCUUAGUGCCAGCAGCGGUUUAUGGUGGUAAAUAAACAGCUACGAAAAUAUAGAGCACCCUUUUGAAUUGUGUUUCAAAUAGCUGUUAGUAGCCUAUACAGCAAGUGAACUAAGAGAUUCAUUUCUCAAACAAGUCUAAUUACAAAACCCUGAAUAUAACAACGUUUUUUGAGAGGACCAGCAUCUAAAAUGUACCAUGAUUUAGAAAAGUGAUAUGAUCUGUGAGGAGAGUGUCUGACAAUGAAUCCAGAGAGGAUGCAUUCCAUGAUUCAGAGAUGUAUCACUGUAACUAUUAUAGAAAUUAGAAGAGUACGUAGGAAAAUAUUGGCAUUUUUGCACAAUUCAGUUGCCAUCUUAGGCAUGAUGAAAAUUGCCCAAUCCAUGACAUUAUGCAAUUGCAUAAAUGCAAGCUCUCAAAUAAGCAUGGACUGCUAUUAUUGACAUACGUUGGCAAAGAGAGAGAACUUAAACCUUGUGUAUUAAGUUAGCCAAUGCAAGCUUAACUUUACUUGUACCAAUACAUGCAUUCCCUCACUUUCGCCUUUUGGCGUUCUCACCCCUUGUACCUUGUACACUCCUGGUUUUGUGCCUUGUUUGGAUUGAUGUUGUUGACUCCAUCAUGAAUACAAGUGAUACAUUCAAAUAUAGCAUUAUGCUGUUUGAUCCAAGAGCAGUUAGAUCAUUGUUUUAUGCACAGUAUUUUGUGUAUGACAUUUCACAAACUCACCAGGAGACAACACAGUAAUGGCGACAAACCACUGACUAAAAAACCAACAUGGCGGACAAGAGACCAUGUCAUCAAUAGGUGUUGGUUGUCUCUCAGUGACCAUGAACCAAUGGGAUAGAUAGACCAGUCUGCUAAAAAGUGUUGUAGACAAAACCUAGAGAAGAGUGUCGCAUCAUUGCCCAGCUGGUUUAAUGAUCUCCGACCAAUGGAAAUGACCUCUUACUCAUGUUGUCUUUGUGGCACCUCUACGUUAACCCAUUACCCUUAUUCCAAUGCAUAAUUAUCACUCUAAUUCAAACAAAUGGACCCUAAGCCUAAGUGAAAGCCAUUUUAAAUAUCAGGACGCACAUUAGUUAAAGCAAUAACCCUUUUCAUUUGAACACUAAUACUCCACAACACUAAGCUCUUAUAAAUCAAUUCUACACUAAAUAACAUGUGACAGAAGAAUGCAUUCAAACUCCAAAUUGCAAUUCUGUCUGCAUGUAAUGUUUUAGGUGUUGUACUUUGUAUAGGAAACGGUUCCACUGGUAAAACCUGUUUACUUCAUCAAGUGUAUUUGGGGAAUUUGCCUAUUGGACUUUUCUCUUAGAAGAGUAUUUAUAGUGCAAAAUGGAGUGAAUGUUAAAAAAAAUACCACAUUGGUGUUCAUAUAGUUCUGAGCAAAAGUGUCAAUUUCAGCAUGAGUAGCUGAAAACGCUUGGUGUGAUUAACUGUUGUUUUGUUGUAUUAAAGCUUUAAGAUAAUUAUUUUAUCCCCAAAAUAAAUGACUUUAUAUUAGGGCUGUCAGAGUUAAUCACUUGACUUGAGUAAAAAAAAUCUAAUGUAAGGACAAUUUGUUUUUAAAUCAUGAUUAAUCGCAUUGUCAGUAAUUAUUCAGAAUACAAUGAAAACGUCCAAAAUACAUAAUAUAUACAGCUAAAAACAAACAAUGUGAUGUCAAAACAAGUUGACAAUGAGGUUAAAAGAAAGUGUGCUUUAUCAAGUUACUUGAUUUUGCUAACCGUUAUUUUGGACAAAAUCAAGACGACAAUGCUUUUUGUAUAACAAUUGAGCAAAUUAUGAAUUUACGAUUAAUCACAGCAAAUCCAGCGAUUAACUAGAUUUUUUAUUUUUAUCGUUUGACAGCCCUACUUUGUAAUAAGCAUCGUGAUACAUUGAAAAAUGAAACAUUUUUUUAUUGCCACAACAAAAACAGUAUGUACGCUUCUAAAGAGUCAACUAAGUUUUGCGGGUGUUUUACAUAUUGUAUGAAUGUUGUGAUGAGUUGAAACAUGGUUUAAGCUGUGAACAGAAAUGUGGUGGCAUCCCCCAUUUUCCUGUCUGUCUUUAGAGCCUAUGAGCACACAGAGAUAGUCAUUGUCCCAAAUGGCACCCCAUUACCCUAUAUAAUUCACUACUUUUGACCAGGGCCCAUAGGGCUCAGGCCAGGAGUAGUGAACUAUAUAUGGAAUAAUAGGGUGCUACCGUGUUGAAAAGAGCAAGAGCCCUGAAGAACUGUUCUGGUAUCAGUUAUAUGUUGUUUUACUUAUUUUGGUUGAAAUUAGUUGAUCUCUGAACAGUGGUUUUGGUCUCUAGCUUAGUGUCCCACUAUAAAAAUACAAUUCCAUAUUUCUAAUUAUAUAAUUGGAAUUCUGUGUUCCACUCUUAAAGGGGCAACACACAGGCGUGUAGGCAGGAAGUUAAUCUGGGUGCCAAAAGAAAACAUCAUUCCGACCCAGGCAAACGCUGGGCAACACUACUGUAUUUUUGUAUAAAUGUAAACAAAUGUAUAUGAUGAGAUAUGAAUAAAGUACACAUAUCCAAAUA